AGCCAGCCAUAUUAGAGAGAUGGAAAUAAAGCUUCCCCAAUGUUGUCAAUGUCUUUGAAGUACGUCUGUGCACUUUUAUUUUGUUUUUUUAGUAUCUAAUCCUUCCUCCUCCCCUAGCCCACAGCCCCUCAAACCACCCUCUCCCAACCCCACCCUCCUAAGGUCUCCUCUCUGAAAAUGCACAGGGAUGCCUGGCUACCUCGCCCUGCCUUCAGUCUCAUGGGGAUCAGCCUCUUUUUCUCUUUGGUGCCACCAGGGCAGAGCAUGGAAGUUAUGGUUCCCUCUGUCCUUGAUGUUCUCAAUGGCUCCGAUGCGCGCCUGCCCUGCACCUUCAGCUCCUGCUACACAGUGAACCACAAACAGUUCUCCCUGAACUGGACCUACCAGGAGUGCAAUAACUGCUCAGAGGAGACGUUCCUCCAGUUCCGCAUGAAGAUCAUUAACUUGAAACCGGAGCAGUUUCGAGACCGAGUGGAGUUCUCAGGGAACCCCAGCAAGUACGAUGUCUCUGUGACCCUGAAAAACGUGCAGCUGGAGGACGCUGGCAUCUACAACUGCUACAUCAUGAACCCGCCCGACCGCCACCGCGGCCACGGCAGGAUCUCUCUGCAGGUCCUCAUGGAAGAGCCCCCGGAACGGGAUUCCACGGUGGCAGUGAUUGUGGGCGCCUCGGUGGGGGGCUUCCUGGCCGUGGUCAUCCUGGUGUUGAUGGCAGUCAAGUGCGUGAGGAGAAAAAAAGAACAGAAACUGGGCACCGAGGACCUGAAGACCGAGGAGGAGGGCAAGAUGGACGGCGAGGGCAAUGCUGACGAUGGCACCAAGUAACAGGCGGGUGGCCCCGGCGGCCUCCCAUCCCCGCGUCCUGUCUCCCUUCCACUCUGCCCUGUACAGUGUGACCCCGCUGCCCUCUCUUGGUGUGCUUCUCUGAACCAGGGGUCCAGUGCUGAUCUUGGGCCUCUGAGCCCUUCACUUCUUCCCCCCACCCUGCACCAAGAGUGACCCACCUCUCUUUCAUCUGAGAAACCUGUCAUGACCCAUGGGAUGUGGGGGCCCUGGGGUGGGGGAGCGCAAACCCUCCAGUUCCUGAGAGGAAGCCAGGGGUAGGGUGAGAGCCCCAAGGAGAGAAGCGCUGAGGGUAGACAGAGGGCUUAGCAGCGCAGUCUGCCUGGUGCUUGGGCACAUCUGGCUGUGGCUCCAGUGGAACCUGGUGUGGGCUCCCUGUGGUGGCAGCGCUGCCUCUGGAAGGUCUCUGGUGGCAUGACCACGCUUCUCUUGCUGCUCCCAGCAGGCUGCUGGUGAAGGUAGUGGUGGGGAUAAUGGCGUGCCCCUAUAAUUGGUGGGUAGGGGGGCAUUCUGAAGGGACUAUCUUGGAUUUCCAGGGUGUCAAAGGAGAAUUGGAACCAGAGGCAAUAUUGUAGACAAGCCUGGGCCCCAGGAAUUUGACUCUGCUCCUUUUCCCCAGUGAUAGCAGCUGCCUCAGAGGCCUCUUGCUCUUUUGCCGGCCACUAACCCUGGGGGAUUUGGGUGUAACUAAUGCCGGAAGAGUAGCUAAGCUAGGCAAGGGGUGGACUGUGUUGUUCCAGGUUGUGGUCAUUUUCCACAGUAGUUCCCUGCCAACAGAAGACUCCUUUCAGAGUCAGCUGAGGGAUGGAGGGGGUGGCGGCUCCUUUGUAAAACAGGGUUUGCUCCAGGGGGGUCUUCUGAGAUACACUGGGCACCAUCAGGGCAGGAGCAGACAAGCACAGGGAUGAGGAGGGAGUGGAGACCGUGGGCAGUGGAGGUGCAGUGCAAUUGGAGGCAGAUGCCUCUGGGGCUCAGUGUGGAAGUUCCUCCUUGAAACCUCAGAAGGGGGUUCAGCCUUCUGGGGGGGGGCACCCCCUGAGGGAAGAGUCUGGGUGGGGAGCAGACUUGGAGCCUCCUUAGAUCUAGCAGGGUGGCUCACCGUCCCCUACCUCAGUCAAUUCCUUUGUGGCGAGGAAAGUAGACUUGUGGGGGGUCAGCUCUUACUGCCAUUUACCUACAUGACAAGGGAAUUAUAGAAGCCCAGUGAGGAGACAAACUGCUGACUCAGAGAGCAUGACCUUGAAGGAGCCCCAGACAUUGCCCCGCCCUAUCACUCACGGUAGGGGAGGAACCUGAGGCUCAAAGGGGUAGCAUCAGAGGUUCUUACCAUUCCCUUCCUUGGGAUCCUCAGCCUCUAGUUAGAAUCAACAGAGCCAUAGUUCUUCCAGUGGGAGGGGCCUCUCUCCGCUGGGAGAGGAGGGUGAACUUUUCCGGAAGCCCCGGGGUUCACCUCCCAGGAGGCCAGCAGCUGUAGGCUGUGACUGAGGUAGGGGUGGGGGUGAGAGGUGAGAGGCCUUGCUCCCCCCCCCCCCCUGCCCCCACUGAGCCUGUUCUGCACUUCCAGUCUUCAGAGAGGAGCCCAGCUCCCAGCCCUGACUUAGGGAGUGAGUGCCCAGGGCGGGGCAUGAAGCUGGGGGCAAAGGGUGGAUACGGGAUUAAGACAUGUCUCAGGGACCCACCCCUGCCUCUGCUCUUCAGACCGCCAGUUGGAGGAGGGAGCAGUGCUGUGUGGGAGACUCUGUUUAAUUCACUUCAGUCGAACACCCAUUGAUUAAGCACCUGCUAUGUGCUAGGCAUGUGGUGGGGUUGCACACAAAGCCAUAUCCAGGUGGGGGUUGGCCAGGCCAGCACUAUGGGGACCAAGAGUGACUCUCUGGUGACUUUAAUAACACCUCGGGAGCCCUUGUGUGUGAGGCUGGAGUGGGGGGAGAAGGAAUGGCUUCCAGAGCCUGCAAUCUGUGAAGGGCAGCAGGGAGAGAGGCAGAAGGAAGAGAGGAGAGGUGAGGCGAGGAGAGGAGAGGGAGCAGAGUGCAGAGGUCAGGCCAAGGGACCCCAGUGAAUGGGUACGGGAAGCCAGCCCAUCUGGGAAAUCUAAAACGCAUCAGCUCAGAACCUAACUGCCAGUCUACACACUGCCAAUGGGGUGCGCUUCAACCACCAAGAUGCCUGGAGCAGGUGGACGCUGCCCAUCCUUGCAGCCAGCCAGCGGAGAGGGGAGAGCUGGUAGGGGGUGCGGGAGACCCUCCUGCCAGCUGAGAGCAUGGGAGGCUGCAUAGGCUUCUGCAGCUUGCAACUCACAUCUGUGGGUACCUCCUCUCCCAGGAUGUGGGAGGAUCUUCACUGAUGUUGGGAUUGCCCGCCCCUUCCCCCGCCCCCAGGACUCAUGACAUUUAGGGGAGUUAUUUGCAAGAUUCCCUAGGUUCAUUCGAAGAAGUCCGGACGCCCCAUAAAGAAGCCCCAGACUUCUGUGCCCUUGCCUCAUUCCGGCUCUGAUCAAGGGAGGCCAAGGCCAAGGCCAUGCCUCCGUUUCCCAAAGCAGGUGGGGAGGGUCAGAAGCCACCUUUGCCCCAGGUGCCGUCUUCAUAUGCACUUUCUUCUUCAGCUCCUUACACCUCCCCCCUCCCCCGUCUCACAGAGGGCUGGGGGUGGGGUGGGGGGUGGGGAGGUUGAGGGCAAAUCUGGGCCUCUGUGAGGAGAGGUGGGAAGUGGGCACGUUGUCUCCACAGUGGCUUUCUCUCUACCUUGUGUGCCAGCUAGCAAGUCCUUCCUUGUCCUACACUGCUUGAUGCCCAGUCCUGGCUGCAAGCUCGCACCCACCGCUACGUUCCACCAGACCCUGUCUGCUGGUCUCCUCUGCCUCCCCUGCCCCUUCUGCUCUCCCAGAACUCCUGAUCUGUCUCUUCCUCCUACUUGAGGACCACGGUACGGAGAGAUGGGCUGGCCAACUAUGGAGAAUUUAGCAUCUAAGAACAAAGCACAAAUUUUUCAGGACUGAAAUGCCUUGAGGUGCCUUGGAACUGGUGUGGAAAUAGGGGUCUGCCCUUUAGCUACGUACGAAUCACGCUGAGUCCAAUGUAUAAAAAGGACCACCUGCUUGGACUUGCAUUGCUCCUGGUGUGUGAGUCUCCUUGGGGAGACCGGCAGGUAACUAUUUACAAGGUCAGGUGAAGUAGAUGGACCAUUGAAAUUAUCGGCCAAGUCCCAAAGGGUAACUCCAGGUCUUUGGAAUGGCUAGAAAUGGGGGAUGAAUCAAGAUCCUUUCCUUCCUAGUUAUGUCUUCAUGAUAGGCAGCCUGUGUCUUAAAAUAUUUUUCUGGCUCUUGCUGAUGUCUUCCUUUACCGAAGCUUGCUAUUAUUGCAUUUGUACACAGUCUAUAUUGAGAUAUAGCUAUAUUAUAUAUACAAAGAUAAGACAGCUCACUGCACCCAUCCCAAAAGUUACAGUGGGUGGGUGGGGGGGGGGCUUUGUAAUAAUUUCUGGACGUUCUGAGUUGAUUCACCAAAGGCACAUUCUGGAAUGUUCUGAGUGCUCUUUGUGCACUUGGAGGAGAGCCCAGCGAUGUAAGCACUUUCUAGGACUGGUGUUCAGUGUGGUGGUUGGAGGGCGGGGGAGGAGAAACUGAGAUGAUCCAGUGUGACCUACCUGCUGUGGUACUAUCUGCUUUGGGGAGCAGACUGAAUUUCUUUUGCAGUGUGCAUCCUUGCUUGGAUCUAUUGGCCAAAAUAAACAGCGUGUUCCCCCCCUGAA